GGGAAAUCAAAACAAAGCCGAGAAUCGAGCAAAUUUUGUUAACGUUAAUACACAUUCUAAUGAAAUGAAGCAAAAUGAGGUAUAAAUACCAUGUUGCCAGACCAAUAAAGGUAGUAUGAGACUUAGCCUGGAGGUUCUUGCAUCCACAUCUAUCAGGAGAAAGAAACCAUGGCCUCAACUUGCAUGGCUAGGAAAGGAGCGGGAGAAUCUAUUCCUAGUGGACAAGCACCGCCUCAGUGUCCUCUAUGUACCAUCUGGAAAGACAAAACGCAAGAUCUCCAAGUUGCACACUAUCUUGCCAACUGUGAGCAUGCACGCAUUCUCCCACAAUGGACAGUUCAUGGUCGGUCUGCAGGGGUCGGGGAUUGUGUUUGUGUGGCAUCAAGACAGCAACCUUCUGAAGGUCAUCCAGUGCCUGCCAGAACAGCUUCUGACUACUCCUGCAUUGCAAGGUAGCGUUCGAUCUCGGAUCGCGAUCUCGGAUGCCGGCUCGGAGGUGGUCAUCGUGGAUUCUGCUGGCCAGAUGUUCGUCUGGGAGAUGGACGCCGGUCAUUCUUUCUUCUGUCCGAAGACGAGGGAGCUGAAGGGAAGUUGGAGCCAUGUGACGGCGCAGGAGGGUGUCCCUCUGCCGAACUCGGAUGCAAGGGAGAGCCAGAUCGCAAUCCGUUUUCACGCCGAUGCCGCCACGGGAAAAGUCUGUGAGUGCUCUUUUGUUUUCUUUGUGAGAGCUGAGGUGUGCAUCGCUACGGUAACAUUGCAGUGGUUGCAGCCAGCCUGUAUGUUUGCUCAAAGCAGCCUGAACUUCAGGGCUCAUUGGACCUGGACAGUCUACCCUCUGCAUCAAGUCUCUAUCACGGCUGCACCCAUAAAGUCCCGCGGAGCGUUGGUGGCCAGGGUAUCACAGCAAGUUGCACUGCUAGUCAUUGCCUUGAACCAGAAACAUCCGUGUGACAAUCAGCUUCUAUUUGUGAGCUCACCAGAGGGCGCUGUUGUGGCAGUUGACAUGAAAAGUUGUGGCCUCACUGGGAAGGUGGCUUCUAGCAGGGCACACUGGGUGGCAGACCUGCACUGGACAGCAGACGGUGUGUUUGUCGUCGGCAUCAGUAAGCACGGUUCCGUGUUCCUGUGCAGUCGACUCGGCCAGCUGCUCUGCCUCGACACGUAUGGAUGCUCGAUGGAGAGAGAAGCCAGCUUGUUCCUGCCGUUACAUCCUCUCAUUUCAGUCAGAUCGUGCGCAGGGAAUCGUCACAACGCGUCACCAACGUCAUCUGUCGUGUCGGACGAUGACAUUAUGAGACAGCGUUUCUCCGUCGCAGUGCAUCCGUCGUUUCCAGUCAUUCUCGCCAGUGAUGGGUACAUGGUAACAAUCAUGCAGCUUCCUGCUGCGUUCAAUGAAGACCUACAGAGCGGAGCAAACAUGUCAAGUGAAACCCUCCUCACCAAACAACUUCUCAUGGAAGCGUCAUCAUUGCUAUCACCAGAUGGCACUGCUAGUCCGACUACGAAACCAUGGGAGGGGACGCCGCUACCGCGAAAGCGCUUCGCGUACGAGAAGCCAGAUCGGAGCCUCGAGACGACGCAGGACAGCAGUUCGACGGUCAGCUCCGCCGGCGCCCCCUACACCGGCCACUUCAGCAACGUCAGCGACCUCGACUCCGGUCGCGUUCUCUUCGGCGCCGACGCGUUCCGCUUCGACGCGACGUCGCCGCGCAGGGGCGCCACCGACGCGUCGCAGGAGCUGGCUCGCCGUACGGCGCUCAGCACGGCGUUCUCGCCGCGGGUCGCCGCAGGGAGCGCGCACUGGCAUACGGCGGACCCGUCGCUGCUGCCGGACGCGGCGGCGGCGUCGACGCGACAUCCGGGCCUACUCGCCAUGCUGACCAGCGUCACACGCAUCGCCGCGCUCGUGCGGUUCAACGCCAGGCGGCAGCACCUGCUGCCGUCGUUCCUGCAGCUGCUGCGCGGGACGUUGGCAGCAAUUCUUGAGAGCGAGGUGUUGAAGUCGGAAGAGAGAAGGGAAACCUUGCUUACCAUCUGCCACGCCCUUCUGUGCGUUGCCGGCCGCAUCGUCACGAAUACGUUCUCACACGCACCUCAGCUGCCCGCUCACGCGCUACCGCAUCACGUUACCGUGGCAACGGCAGAGAAUGGUGAUAUGAUGUCUAGUCACCAGCCGCUCGCGAGGCUGGCCAUGUGUUGGAAAAUGCUCUACUGCCACACUGCUCACCACUUCGUGGCUCUCUCGCGUCUCAGAGUUAGUCGCUACGCCAGCAAUACUUGCAAACGAGUGCUUUGCUCGGCACAGCAGCAUUUACAAGAGCUUGGGUGCGAGUUUCCGUCGGUGGAAAAACCGAAGCUAGAUAAAGGAAUUUUGCUGUACAUGGGCGGUCAUGUAGGUGAGGCUAUUGCCAGGUGGAAACACAUGUAUUUCUCUAUCGCAACACAAGGCCGGCGUCUCACACGCAGGGAGCUUUGUCGCAUGAGCAGGCUCGCACACGCCGUUCUCUACGCCCACAUACUACACAUGCAGCUGCGACCAGCACUCGACUUUGUCAACGCCCUUCUGAUCGACGACCCACACUCAGGCACUUGCCCGUCGCAGGAGCUGCUCGUGGUGGAGUCCGACACGAGCGGACAGGCUGCCGUCACCCUCACGAGGGCACCGCCGGAUGCAAACAACAACGCCGCUGUGAGAGGCAUGCGCUGUCGAGCUGUGAGGGUGCUGGCAAGGUCGCUGGCACGCUUCAUGGCCGCAUACUUCACGGGGAGGCGCCUCGCGGUGUAUCCGCCCACGCACCCGCUGCCACUCCCCGCCGCCCACGGCACAGCCGCGCGCGAGGGUGGCGGGUCGCCGCGGAGGAUCGAGGUCAGCCGAGAGAAGGUGACCUCCACGAUUCCGGCCGGCUGGCUGGACGAUUACUGGACAGUGGACACUACGGCAGAGCUGCUGGUGAUCACGGGUCUGAUACCAGAGGCAGUGGAGUUUGCGAAGGGCGUGGGAGAUUGGAAGGCUGCUGUUGCUCUCGCUGCAUCGCACCUGCAGCAUCAGACGAUGCUAGCUGAACUGCACCCACACAGGUCGACGGCCAGCGUGAGUCGCCUUCCUUCCCUUCUCCAUCCCGCUGCAAUACUAAAGGAGAAGCUGACGGAGAUGCUGCAGUUAGACUCUGCGAUCGAGGAGGAGCAGGCGGCGGCAACGACGAGCAACACCGGCUUGACCGCGGAGCAGGCGACGUCGUCCCUGCGCGAGAUUCUCACCGCGGGACUCCUCGCCCGCUCAGCGCUCCCUCCAGGUGGCGCCGCCGACGCGGGUCUCGCGGCGUGGCUGCUCGCGGCGCUGCUCGGGAAACUCAAGCGGCAGGUGCAGCAGCUCGCAGUGUUCGUACCCGAGCCACACUACCUGCCGGCGCCACCUGUCUUCUGUCCGCAGCCAUCGCUAACGGAGGAGCCGCGUAACCCUAGCAUCCGUGUGAAGCCAUUCUCCCGAUUCCCGGCGCAGGUGUCGGAGAAGAUGAGGAUGCUGAUGAAGCGCUGGCGUCGCAUCCACCUCGACACGCUCCCCUCGCCGCUCGACGAUGACGCCUCCUCCACGUCCCCCGCGGCUUCCCCCACGAAGACUCCUUGUCAGCUCGUGCGGCGGCGCCGGCGCCACCUGGCGAGACGGCGACCCGGGUACAGCACCGAGGUCACGUUCGACAAGGUCGCGACCUGCGACGACCCCAAGGUCACGGCGGAGCUUGACGUCGCGCGCUUGCACGUCAUCCCGCUGCACGCGGCGGCGGCGGCGAGCGCACCGGUGGCGCCCUCUACGGGCAGCCGGCCAUACGAGACGGAUGCGGAGUUUCUCGGCUUUCUCGACACGGCUUACGCCGUCUGCUACGGCAAGCGCGAGGACGACGACGACGUCGCGGGGGCUCCACCACUGCUGCCGCGGCACGCCGCGCGCGUCCUGGCAGCGGCCUCCAUCACGGACGCCUCGGCGGUGAGCGAGAAGCCGCCACGGUUAGCGAGGGGCUCGGCGGGGAUGGCGGGAAGCGUGCGGUCACCAGCCGCCGGUCAGAAGCAGUCUUCGUCGUCGCUGUCGCCGCAGCGGUCGCAUCUCGGGUCGAAGUUCGCCGGAUUGUUUCGCAGCCUCAGCUGGUCAAACGUGUCGAAGCAAGCGAGCGAGCUCGCCGCGACGCCCAUCCUCAAGAAGUUCGGCAGCCAGGGGACGCUGAAGACGGCCCGGCGAAGCGUGACGUUUCUCCCGGACAGCGCCAAGAUCCGCCCCGCACGUGCCGCGCCGCGCAUCGCGUCGCCCGCCGCCGCGCGCCACCGCAGCUACAGCUGGUCGGAUCUCCCCCAGGUGGCGCCGCGGGAGAGCCGCGCGCCGCUCGCCAGCCCCCUGCGGGCCGUCGGGCUGCCGGAGGCGCGGCUCGGCGACCGCCACGCCCGCCUGCUCGCCCUCGUGCGCUGGUUUGUCGCGUGGACGCAGAGGCGCCACCUGCUGGGCACGCCGACGAGGGCGACGACGUCCGUCAUGCACGUUCACUUGUCCGCCGACUUCGUCGUUCACGGCCUCUGGCUCUCGGAGCAGCAACGCGAGACGACGAUUGCAUCCGCCGCGACAACAAAGUCAUCGAAGCGAAAGCUGAGACUGGACGCGACGCGGACGCCGCUAGAUGGCGCUACUGAGUGCAAAGCGGGGCACUCGGGAAACGACGAGGACAGGGCGAGCGCGGACGAUCUCACGACUGAGAGUCUCGACCAGCAACAGUCAUCUCCAGCAGCAGCUGACGCCAGUACAAGCACGACUGACAGGGUAACCAUGGCAACCGGUACAAGAAUGACUGAUGGUGUAACCAUGAAAACCAGUAGAAACAGGGCCGACGGGGUAAUCAUUGCAGCCGGUAGAAGCACGACCGACACGGCAACGGUCGCAUUCGGGGCAACGAGCGCAGCUGACACUGCAGCUACCUCACGCGUACACCCUGACACUGCGCAGACGUCCCACCCUGACGCCGGCGCAGCUGAACAGGGAGGCGGCCUCGACGAGGCGUCGCGGACGCACGGCGCGCGUCGCAGCGUCGCUCUGCAGACGGAGCCAGAGACGAUGACGAGCGAUGGACGGGAGGAGGUCGCGGACGGCAGCGGGAAGAUGGACAUCGGGGAUCUGCGGACGGACGCGAGCGUCAGCGAGGGAGAGUGCGGCGGCGGCGGCGGCAGCGCGCGGCGGGAACGCGCCGCGUUCACCUUCCUGCACCGCGGUGUGCUGCGUCAGGCUGAUGUCGAAUCUCUGCCUCUGCUCUUCUUGCCGGAGGGACGGCGAGGGAUGCCCAGAGAGGUGGGCCGGACGCGGGAGGCCUGGGCCGACUUUCCGCUGCUGCACGUGCCUGGCAUCACGCACCAUGUCGCGGGGGAGCACGCGCGCUGGCUUCCACCGCCCCACGAUGUUCGCCUGAAGCCGACACACGGGUUCGGACAGGAACGCAUGCACGAGCACCCAAAACACUCGUAUGUGGAACGAGACUACAUAUACGAGCAGCCAAAACACAUGUAUGCGCAACGAGAACACGUGUACGCGCAACGAGAACACAUGUACGCGCAGCGAGAACACGUGCACGAGCCGCCAAAACACAUGUAUGCGCAACAAGAACACGUGUACAAGCAGCCGAAACACAUGUACGCGCAACGAGAGUAUGUGCACGGACCAACGAAAGACAAGCCACCAAAGCCACGUCAGAUUCCACUCCUAAAUCUGCCGGCAACAAAGCCGCUAGAACCCGCUCCCCCUCACCACUUCCUCACUCUGCCACCAGAGGGCGCAGCACCACGGCUAGUCCCCCCAGGUGACAUCAUCGCGUACGAGCAGAAGGUGAGGUGCAGGCUGGCAGAGGGCGCCGGCAGUCGACGCGAGCGCGCGGCCGCGGAUCGCGAGCCACCGCUGCUGGCGGUGAGGCUAGACGCGUGGCAGGCACGUGACGAGCGUGCGAGGGACGCUCGCGUGAAGAGACGCAGCCGUCGCGACGUGACCGAGGCGCCACCUGCAGCAGACGUGGCGCCACCUGCUGCAGACGUGGCGCCACCUGUGGCCGAGGUGAAGCGACCGGACCCGCCGACGCUCGACAGCGGAUACGUUCUCCCACUGAACGAGCCGCCAUCGCUCUCCGACACUGUCGCCCGUACCGGUGUGCGUUCCCCUGUAGACCUGCCGUCGUAUGCCGCCGCGCAGUACAGGGUGGCUGUCGCGAUGCCGCUGCCCGCGCAGGCCGCCGCGGCGACCAUGACCGACGCGACGCCGACGCAUGGUCGCGAGCGAGCGGUGCGUGUCGCCGACGCCGCAACCUCACCCGUGACCUCGCCCGAGGAGGCACUCGCACUCGAGCGCGAGGUGGGCAUGCCCAAGGAGGAUGGCACAGCCGAGAAAGAGCGUGCGGCAAAGGCGGUAGGCCUGGCUGAGAAAGAGCACGUGGUAGAGGAUGAUGUGGGCGGGGCUGGGGCGGGAGCGAGAGCGUUCGCUCCGCACCUUCCCGUCGACAUUCUGCUCGGUCUGAGAGCGGAACCCACCGGCGCCGCGGAGCCGGUGGCGCCACCGGGUGGUCGAGUCAUCAACAUUGUCGACCUCGGCCCUGAGGCCGUCGCGGAGAUCAUGGGAAGCCUGGCGUUGAACGAGGAGCGGGUGGAUAACGAGCGAGCUCGUCUGCCGGCCACCACAGAUGACAUCCACGGACCCUACUACGCUCGUGAGGUGAGGGUGCGUCCCUCGCUCAAGGAGGAAGAGGAGGCGACCCAUGUCCCUCUAAGCAUCCGGGAGAAGGGGAUUCGUAUCUCUCCCCGCGUGCAGGUAGAGGGCUUCCUUUUACCCGCACGCGUCCAGGAGCACAUCCAUACUUCUCCCCUCAUCCAGGGUGAAGGAAUCCACACUUCUCCCCACAUCCAGGAGGAAGGAAUUCAUACUUCUCCCAUCAUCCAGGAGGGAGGAAUCCACACUUCUCCCUUCAUCCAGGAGGAAGGAAUCCACACUUCUCCCCUCAUCCAGGGGGAAGGAAUCCACACUUCUCCCCUCAUCCAGGGGGAAGGAAUCCACACUUUACCCCUCAUCCAGGGGGAAGGAAUCCACACUUCUUCCCUCAUCCAGGGGGAAGGAAUCCACACUUCUCACCUCAUCCAGGAGGAAGGAAUCCAUACUUCUCCCCACAUCCAGGAGGCAGGAAUCCACACUUCUCCCCUCAUCCAGGGGGAAGGAAUCCACACUUCUCCCCUCAUCCAGGAGGAGGAUAUCACGUUCCCAUCCCACCGCAAGGAGAAGGAAGUUGGGUUACUGCCUCACAUGCAGGAAAGGAGGAGCAUCUGUGUAGAGUCAGACGUGGGUACAUGCGAGGGAGGGGAUGAGGUGACGACCAGGCUGCUAUUGCACGACUUCAAUACGAGAUAUGUGGAUGACUUUGAGGAGGAUAGCAUGAACAAGAAAUCCAGAGCCUCUAUGGAUAGAAGGCUUAAAGAGAUGGACAGACAACUAAAUGCUGUUGACGAAAUAGCUCACAAGGUGGAACAAGAGUGUGCUGACACUAAACAGCUACUUCAGCGGGCGAAUGAGAUCACCGAGUCAUGCGAGUCGGCGCGGUCACGCAGCGGGCCGCCACGCGCUGACGUCGUACACAGGACUAGUACCCCCGUGACGUCGCUCGAUUCCUUCCCCUCGCUGUCGCUGCACGUGGGACAGAGCAGCUCGAGGCAUCCACGCGGGGUCGGGGGGUCGAUGACGCACGGGGUCGGGGGGUCGAUGACGCGCGUGCUGGAGGAGAAGCAAGCAAACGGCUGGGAAGCGAGAGAGGGAGAAGCGUCGACGCGAGGGCAGCAAGGAGGAAGGUCGGCACAAGCAGGGAUGACAAGUUCAGGGCAUGACCUCAGUGGCCUCAGUGAUAUCCUGGCUGAGGUGAUACAUACCAUCAAGCCUGAUGACAUCGGUGUCACAGAAGAGCAGAUGCACCAAUUAGAGGCUAAAUGGGGAGCUGGUGCGAAGUCACUCACGCCCCGGGCUGAUGCUCACAGCAUGGAGAGAAGGCGGCAGCUGCACGCGUGGAUGUUGGAGAAGAGGCGGGAAAGAACCGCAGAGUAUCGUUCACAGCGGCAGCAGCUCGCAGCCACGGAGAGGAAGCCAUACGCCUCUCCUUCACAGCGCCAUCUAUCAACGAGCGACCUGCUAGCGGACACGGCGCGACGAUCGACAGAGCGACGCGGUCAGUUCGAGCUUCAGCGCACGCAUCGUAAGCGGCAGGCGGUCGAGCUACUCAGCGACCUUCUCGCGACCUCCCCACCUACGGCCCGCGACCUUCUCGCGACCUCCCCACCUACGGCCCGCGACGCAAGCAGAACCGGCGACCACUCCACCAAGCCAGCGCAAGGUAUCUCGGCCGUCACCGCAGCAGAGCAGGGUAGAGAGAAGUGGUCCUCGACCGCCGCAGGCACGUCGGCGCCGGGGAAAGAAAACCGAUCCCCGGCCACUGAGCGGAGGUCAGCAGGUCGCGCGUCGUCGGCCACACGACGUCAGGCUCGCGUGGCGCGGUAUCCCCGGGAUCGGACGCGUGGCGCGACAGAGGGGCGGCCGGCGGUGGCGACGGCCGCGUGGCGGGCGGACGAGCGAGCGCGGAGGUUGGAGCGUGACGUCGAACAACGGACGGCGGACGCGCUCCGUCUCAUCGGCGACCUCGCACGACCCGGCGGACGCACGCCGCGGGGCGACGCCGGCUUUCCGUCCGGCAGCGACAGGCGAGCGGUCGCGGUAGGGGGCGCCACACGCAGAGUCGCGGACGAGAGAGCCGGCGUGCGGUUUGCUGCCGCGCCGGCGACGGAGCACCGCACAGCUGACAUCAGCCGCGCAACGCACAGAGGGGCGCGUGCCUUAUGGUGGACCCAGCCUCCGAGAAAGGGAGCGUCGACACCAGUAAAGAGACAGGUGUACGGCAAGCAUGCAGGGUCGGCGGGUAGCCAGACGAAGAAGGGAGGUGCUGCGGGAAAGAAGCCUGUGCCGAAGUUCAAGUUUGCGGCUAGCAGGGCGCACCGAGGGGGAGCCGUGUCUGGGAGGAGCCCGGGGAAGACGAUCGAAAGGAAUCCCAUAGCAAGUGGAACGGUGACGCUAAACAGGCGACUCCUGGUGGCGGGGAGACCCGCUCACAAGCCGCGCACGUACGCGCAGAUCCUUCAGGAUCUGCAGCCGCGGAGAUCCGUCGCUCCCGCGCCGACGCCGCGAGCACGCAGCAGCCGCCGGCCGCCGCCGCCCAGCCCCACGAGCUCGGUGGAGAGCGAGUGGAGUGUGCCGUCACAGGUGGAGAGGAUACUUGAGGAGGGACCGCUGUGGAUGGACGAGAGCCUGGGUCGAGCCAUCAUCGGUCUGGCACCUAGCGCUGCUCCCAGGAAGACACAUGCUGCUGCUAGCGACAUCUCCAGCAACGCACGAGCCGCGCCGCAGCCUGCGCCGAGGGUAACUCUGCACAGCACGCGUGUGAUCACGCAGGACAGGGACGACGAGGGGGCCGCGCCGCGCCACGAGCUCGCUCCUUCCCCGCCGCCACGCGAGCAACUAGACGCGUCCGUGCACGGGUCGGACGGCGUGAGGGUGGACACGCUGAGCAGCGGGCGUAGCGUCAUGUCGUGUAUAGACUGGGACGCCGUCGAACGCCUCAUAGCCGACGUGAGUUGAGUGGAGAGUUGGGAUUCACCGAUGGGUGGGCACCUACUGUAUACCUGCGAACGCACAAUCCUGUUGUGGUAGUGUAGCGCCUGAGGGUGUAUUUAGUUUUAUUUAUUCGCUAUAUAUACACGGAGGUGAUAUUUCUCCAGUAUUCGGUACAGUCAGUGUUUACUGUGUGGUUGUACAGCCGUGUCAAACUUGCCAAUUGUAACCGUCCUUGAGCUUGCCAAUGUUUUGAUAUGAGAAUAUUUACAUAUGUGACUCGUCUCUGGUUGUGAAUUAGUGCUUUCACUGAGUAUUUACAAGUGUACGUAUAUAAUUUGUUUUUGGCAGUCUCGUCUAGUCGUCCAGUCGUCUGUCACUAUCUCCUAGAAUAAGAUGUUAAUAUCAACGUGACAAUGUAUUUAUUACUACCAUUACAUAGUGAAAUGUAUGUGAAGCUCAUUUUUGCAUAUCUCAGUUUUUUUUAUAGAAUCAGAACAAAGUAUAUAGAUCUGUGUGAUGUGCAAUAUAGCCAAGAAUCUCUUGAUGUCAUUUCAUGUUGUUGUUACGUGACCUGUUACAGGUCUAAAAUAAACCAGAUGCAUCACA